UGCCACCCUUAGGAAAAGGCAUUUAGUUAUGAUGUUAAUGAUUGAUUCUCUCUCAUCAAAACUUAGUAAGAGACAAAACUUCAUUUAUCAUUUCAUUUCUAUCCUGAGGAGUAUGAAUUAUAAGAUAAAUCUGACAGUCUCUAUGAUGAAAGACUAGAACACUGUCUUUGUCUUUUAAUUCAGAUUCUGUUUUCUCAUCAGUUUGUUUCAUAGAUAUCAAAUCUUCUGAAUUAAUUUUCAUGACACUUAAAAAAAUCAUCAUACAUAUAAUACAUGUUAUUUUCCUAAUGAUACAUAACACAGGAAGAAGUUGGUUAAUCAUUGGAUGGAUUUAAUACUAUACUUUAUAUAUUUCAUGAAUGUUAUUUCUGGAAGUCUAAUAUUUCUGGAAGAAGACCACUUGCAAAGUAAAUUUCAAGUACAACUUCAUGUAGUAUGCUGCGAAUAAAUUUUAACACAUGAAGUAUUUAUAAAGUUUUUCUUUUAUUAUUCUGUUUGUGUGUUUAUGUAUGUAUUUCCAGUUAAAAUUUCACUAUCAAUACUAGUAGUUAUAAAAGCUGUGCUCCCUUGCCCUCCUGUGCUGUGGACAAGUGUGCUGCUAGCAACAUGGGAAGUAGUCCUCAGAGACAAGCCACCCUGCUUCAGAGCCUUUAGGCAUGAUACGAAUCAGACCAUAGGAGGAAACUGUACUGACAAGAGAAUAACCUGGGCCUCCAGACCUAACGAGAAUCUUGCCCUUCAGAUCUAUCCAGUGGUCAUCACUCAUGAUGGGAAUUACACGUGUCAAAUAGUAACAAGUGAUGGGAAUUUCCAUCAUGAGUAUCACCUCCAAGUGUUAGGUAAGGAACAUCAUAUAUUGACGUGUUUCAGAUAAACAGAUUUGGGACUGAAACAAGUCUCUGUCUAAAUUCCAUGUCACAUGUGUUAAGACUGAAGCAUUUCCCCUACAAUUCUGCAAGGGCCCCUGAGGUGUCCCUGGUUCCAAUUGAAAAGGGAACUGCAGUGUGCAAGAAAGUUUCAGAGAAGCUUGCUGCACAGAUCUCCUGGACCCCAGAGGGAGAUUGUGUCACUGAGCAAGAACCUUAAUGGGGCAGUGGCACAGUGACCGUUCAGAGUACAUGUCCUGGAAGGGCUGACAUGUGCUUGCUCUGUCCUGCUUUGUCUCCCACUUGACUGGCAUCAAGAGUCUGUCCAUGGAAUUGGAUCAAGGCAAGUGCCUAUUUCUUUAGAGUAGUGAACUUGAUGCUCAAUAUUUUCUUUCACAGAAGACUGUGAGUAACCAAGCAGAAAAUAAGAAAGCUUAUACUCCUAAUUUGAAGAUACUUUUAAACAUGUAAAUGGAUAAUGUACUAGUAUGCUAGAGAAAUUGUCUUCCUUUGUCAGAUUGAGUACUGACUUUGUACUAGGCACCAUAUUAACUACAUAUAUUAGUUUACUUAACACUGUUGUUGUUGUUCAGUCACUAAAGCAUGUCUCA